AUGCAAAUGUUAAAAGAAUUUUCUCGAGAUAUUGGAAGGUUACUUGAAAGUACUCUUCAAACGCAUGAUAUCAUUAUUCGAACCGGGGAAGGGACGUCUCAAAAAGAGUUUAAGGCGCAUUCCCUCAUCUUAAAUGCAAGAUGUCCUUAUUUUCAAAAAGUCUCAAAAAAUGAUGAAAACGUUCCCAAAGAAGGUGGAAUAAUUGUUUUCGAGAAACAAAAUUUUUCACCGAAAAUAUUUAAGAUCCUUUUAAAAUACUUUUAUACAGGAAGAAUCGAAUUAAAAGAUCAGGAUACGACUGAUAUUUUACAAAUAUUAAUUAUGUCCGACGAAUUGGAAUUAACGACCUUAAUUCAACACAUUUUACAAUAUCUAAUUGAAAAUCAAUCAUUUCAUUUACGUCGUAACCCAUUAAAAUUCCUUCAAACCUUAUCGUGUCAUGAGAAUGAAAUCUUCUCCUCAUUAAAAGAUUACUCGAUUGAAAUCAUCUGUGAGGACCCCGUGAAAUUUUUAUUUAAUUCCCCGGAAUUUUUACUGCUGGACAAAUCCAUCUUGACAUCAAUCUUAAUUCAGGAUUUUCUUGAUGUCAAAGAUGAGGUACAAAUUUGGAAUCAUGUUUUAAAAUGGGGUAUCUCUCAAAUGCCUUCCUCUCAGUUUAUCCUGAAAACGAUUAAUAAUUGGACGAGAGAAGAAACAGAUAUCUUGAAAGAGAUUUUAAGUGAUUUCAUUCCGUUGAUCAGGUGGUUGGAUAUCUCUCUGAAUGAUGUCAUGAAUAAGGUGGCUCCUUAUUCGAACAUCUUGCCAAAAGAUUUUUGCCGAGAGAUCUUUAAUGCUCAUCGAUCCACUUCCACGACUUCCGAAUCGACCCUCUUAAACGAAUUCCCUUUGAUUAAUUACAUCGAAUCAUUACCACCUAGCGUUAAUGGUAAUAGUAUGUAUCAAACCGAGAAUAGCUUUUUAUUCUGUUUCGGAAAAGGUGAAAAGAAGGACAAAUCCGGUGCUAAAGUUGGAAAUUCCGUCGUAAAGUCCAAAAUCUCAAAGUUAAUCAGGGUUUCCAACCCUCAAAAGGCCAUCUAUUAUAGUCCCGUCAGCGGUCCUUGCUUUGGUGGUGGUUGUGAUUUAGGUAUUAUUAACAAUCAGAUCGUUUCCUACGGCUCACUUUCGUAUAAUGGAAUUAAUAAAUUUAUCAAAGAGGAAUCUCAUCUCGAUCUUGAAGAUUAUGAG